AUGGCCUCCUCAAACCUAUCCACCCACAAGAAAAACUCAAUGAAAAUCUUAGACAACUACAGGGGCAUAACUGUAACCUCAAAUAUGUAUAAACUUUAUGCUGCUCUCAUGGAAGACUCACUAAUGGACUUUUGUGUGAAACAAGGAAUUUUUGAUGACUUCCAGGGAGCAUUCAUGAAAGCUCCAGACUGUUCAGGAGUACCGCUGAAUCCUCACACGAGACUUCUGCGAUACGACGGGCGACAAGAAGGAGAUGUAGCAAUAUUUGAAUGCCUUCCCGGGAACAACAUGGUCAAUGGUAACUAUCUCAUCACAUGCCUUGCAAAUGGGGAAUGGAGCGAUGCAUCACUUGUUUGUUCAGGUUGUUGUGAUCUCAUAAAGAAAAGUGGAACGAUACUUUUACAUAACUACAAUGCACUCCCUCUCGGCCAAUUACCUAGAAUGAUGGAUGCGUCGAUCCUUAAUGAGAACAUGCAAUUUGGAGAAUUGGCAUAUGCAGAAUUCCAAUCCACAAGCAUCGUUGUUGACCAAGCCACAUUCAGAGGCGUUAUGCUCUCUCCGGGAGAUUCAAUCUUCACUAAGGGUAUUAUUUCCCUUUCUGAUGACGUGCGCUACCAGAAUAUUUCAUUAGAGCUUUGGAUGGAUCUAGACCUAAUGUUAGGGCACACAGUUAUUACGUCGGGUGCAUUUAACUUGAUAUUUCAGAAUGGGACCGUCGCUGCCUCCUUUAUAGGAAUUAACACGACCAUAACAAUGUAUUACACAAUUGAUGACAUAAUACUUCAACACUCAAAUAUCGUUUAUGUUGUUGUAACGAAAAGUGAGACUGCAUUUGAUCUCUAUAUGAAUGCUAUACUGGUUGCACAUCUGACAACAUGGGUUUUCGAAACCUAUACUAUAGGAACUUAUUACUAUUACAUGGACUCCGAUGUGGCUGGAGUCAUCUAUUCAUUUCACUUGGGUACACCAUGGCCCGACAUAUAUAACACAAUAAAAUCAGCUCAGUAUGAUCGAAGAGCAGUGGGUUGUGAGACGGAAGACAGACACUUCGUUACUUCGUGCCCAAGUGGUAGUGUGUGGGUUCAUCAGAUGGAUGUAGGUCAAUCAAGCGAAGUGAACGGAAUGCAAUACCCGUGUGACUUCGCAUACAAUGCUGGCUGUUCAUUGGCGCCACAUCUUGGGGACGUAGGUCAGGAACUGUUGGCAGAUAACGGUUGUACAGAUAAAAGUUUUUGCAAUAUUAGUUACAACGAGUACAGCAACAUGAGACGAGAUAAUUGUCCACAUGAGGAAAAGGUUACGAUAUUUGCAAAGUACCACUGUAUAACACCAGAAUCCGCAAAGUUAGAGGUCGAGGAAGAAAAUGAGUUCACAGAUGCUGACACAUUCACUUCUUGUAUAACACUGGCCCCAUCGCAUACAAAACAAAGCCUAAAGGUUGAGCUUAAACAACCAGCAGACAUCGGAAACAUCAUUGUCAACUUUGGAAAACACGGUAAAGCGAGCAAUUUAAUCCAUGCUGUUGAUGACCGUCAGUUAACUGCAUCGUCCUCGUGGAGUCAUCGAGUCGAUGCAAACUUUUCAAGAUUAGAUACAAUAAGAACCAUCGAACAUGAUGGAUGCUGGGCUGCUGCUGUCAACGAUCAAAACCAAUGGAUUCAAGUUGAUUUCGAGACUGUUGUUCAUGUCAGUGGCGUUGUAACGCAGGGACGUUCAGAUUAUUCACAAUGGGUCACUAGCUAUACUGUUUCGCACAGCUUAGAUGCUAUCAAAUUCAUUAACCAUACAUUAAUGGACGGUACAACUAGGGUUUUUACUGGAAAUACUGACCGUAAUACAAAAGUGGCCCAUCAGUUUCUACCGGAAUUCAAUGCGAGAAUUGUAAGAAUCCAUCCAAGGGAAUAUAACAAACAUAUGUCGAUGAGAUUUGAUAUUUUUGGCCACAAAUUCAAACUAGACAUGGAACUCAUUGAAGCUAUGAAUGUGCCAGAUGACCAAAUCAGUGCAUCAUCUACUCACAGUCCUAGUGCAACUCUUGGAACCAGAGCUAGACUUUACUAUACUGGCUCUGUUGGCGGAUGUAGGUCAUGGUGCGCAGGCGCAAGGGAUGAAGACCAAUACAUUGAGGUAGAUCUUGGCAGAGCUGUAUUUGUUAGUGGUGUUGGGACUCAAGGACGAAAUGCUUAUCCCCAAUGGGUCACAUCGUAUAAGUUGAUGUAUAAAUCAACUGACGAGGAACCUUUUGCAGUAUACACUGAGAAUAACAUCGACAAGAUAUUCAAUGGAAAUACCGAUACAGACACUCUAGUAUACCACACUCUGUUACCAGAUGGUGUUAUUGCUAGAUAUGUCCGCUUUAAUCCUGUUACAUGGCUGAGUCACAUCAGUAUGAGAAUUGGCAUUUAUGGAUUCCCAUAUGCAUAUGAUACACCAGCCUGUCUAAAAUACAAUAUUUACACAAGAGAGUCGAUAUCUGCGACAGAAAAAACAGAAUGCAUCAGUGUCCUCGAUUCACCGAUAGAUGGUAAUAUGUUCUAUAUAUUCAAAUGUGGGUCAAACUCGACGCAGCACAAGGCUGUAGAAUUGGAACUCAUGCCGGCCAUAUUAGGAGAAUCUGUCGAUGUCUGCAAUAUUGCCAUAUAUAGAAAGGACUUAGGUUGUCCUCCAGAGGCUGGAAGUAUUGAGCAUGGGCGUGCAAUGACGACAUUUGUAAACAGGCAACCAAUGGGAACAAUCAUUGAAUAUGAGUGUGAUACUGGUUUUGAGACCAACAGUUCAGUCAUCAUCUGUCAGAAAAAUGGAACAUGGAGUGAAGCUAACUGUACACGUGUAUCUUGUGAUAUGGCCCAGCAAGAAUUACAAGGAGGGACCCUUGAGGAGAAAUGCAUUGGAACCAAUGGUUACUACCGGGACAACUGCACGUAUUCUUGCAACAUAGGAUACAGCAUGAAUGGCUCAAAUGUGAUACAAUGUAUGAAAGACAGGAAUUGGACUGCCAUCCCUGAAUGUCUCAUAAAAAAUUGUGGCGAUCCUGGAUCAAUUGACAAAGGAAUUGUUGCAUUCAAUUUAACUGUUUUCAAUUCCAAUGCCACGGUUUCUUGUGACGUUGGAUAUGAGUUAUCGUCUGAGAGUAAUGCAGAAGGGAUGAUCAGAUGUAAUGAAUCUGGGCUGUGGGAUGGGUAUCCUAUUGGAUGUACCAUAAAGGAUUGCGGAACACCUGAACAAGUUGAAAAGGGAGAUUUUUUAUACGAUUUUACUGUUUUCAAUUUCACUGCCACAGUUAAUUGUGACACUGGAUAUGAGUUAUCGUCUGAGAGUAACGCGGAAGGAAUGAUCAGAUGUAAUGAAUCCGGGUUGUGGGAUGGGCAUCCUAUUGGAUGUACCAUAAAGGAUUGCGGAACACCUGAACCAGUCGAAAAGGGAGUUUUUUCAUACAACUUAACUGUUUUCAAUUUUACUGCCACAGUUAAUUGUGACACUGGAUAUGAGUUAUCGUCUGAGAGUAACGCGGAAGGAAUGAUCAGAUGUAACGAAUCCGGGUUGUGGGAUGGGCAUCCUAUUGGAUGUACCAUAAAGGAUUGCGGAACACCUGAACCAGUCGAAAAGGGAGUUUUUUCAUACAACUUAACUGUUUUCAAUUUUACUGCCACAGUUAAUUGUGACACUGGAUAUGAGUUAUCGUCUGAGAGUAACGCGGAAGGAAUGAUCAGAUGUAACGAAUCCGGGUUGUGGGAUGGGCAUCCUAUUGGAUGUACCAUAAAGGAUUGCGGAACACCUGAACCAGUCGAAAAGGGAGUUUUUUCAUACAACUUAACUGUUUUCAAUUUUACUGCCACAGUUAAUUGUGACACUGGAUAUGAGUUAUCGUCUGAGAGUAACGCAGAAGGAAUGAUCAGAUGUAACGAAUCCGGGUUGUGGGAUGGGCAUCCUAUUGGAUGUACCAUAAAGGAUUGUGGAACACCUGAACCAGUCGAAAAAGGAUUUUUUUCAUACAACUUAACUGUUUUCAAUUUUACUGCCACAGUUAAUUGUGACACUGGAUACGAAUUAUCAUCAGACAGUAAUGCAGAAGGGAUGAUCAGAUGUAAUGAAUCUGGGCUGUGGGAUGGGUAUCCUAUUGGAUGUACCAAAAAGGAUUGCGGAGAUCCACCAUUAAUUACAAAUGGCACUGGUGAUGGUUCGGGUACUACAUAUGAAGAAACGUGGCAUUACGAUUGUCACGCUGGAUAUGAUCUUAUUGGAGCAAAAAACAUCACGUGUCUUGAAAAUGCUACAUGGACAGAUGCACCAAGGUGUGAAAUAAAAAAUUGUAGCUUCAUUCCCAUUUGGCAAAAUGGACAUGUAGUUGCAUCUAACGGUCUGACAUACGGUAGCACAAUUGAUUUUCAAUGUGACCAUGGGUACAUACAUGAAGGUGAAACUCGCAUAGUAUGUUUGGACACCGGUCUUUGGUCAGAACUAGGUGAAUGCCAACGUGUGUAUUGUGUACAACAUCCAACAAUCAACCAUGCUUUUGUUUUGAACAUAAAUAAUUAUAAUGGCUCUGAAAUACUAGAUGAAUAUAUAAAUCUUGAGAAUUUCAAUGCAACUGUUGAUACCGCAAUAGAAUACAGAUGUGAUAUUGGAUACAAUAUGUCUGGUAAUUCAACGAUGACAUGCCUUCAGUCAGGCAACUGGACAUCUCCAGCAGAGUGUAAUAUUGUCCAAUGUGGACCACCUGGUGACAUCAUCAAUGGCACCGUCCAAUAUAACCAAACCUUUUACAACAGCACUACGGUAUAUGAUUGUGAUGUGGGUAAUAUCCUGAUAGGUAAUUUUACUUCGAGAUGUCUUGAAGAUUCUACUUGGACAACCCCACCCUUCUGUUUGUUUAUAGACUGUCAUGACCCUCCAUAUGUCUCUAACAGUACAGCAGGGUUAACUGACAACAGAACAACAGUUUAUGCCAAAGUAGACUAUGAAUGUGAUAUAGGAUACGACAUGGUAGGAAACAGUACAGCUUCCUGUAGUGUUAGUGGAAAUUGGAGUGACAUACCUGUUUGUGUUAUUGCAGACUGUGGGGAACCUCCAAAUGUCCUUUUCUCAACAUGGGACCCAAACACCACAACCACCUACGAUAGUGUGGUAACACACACAUGCUUAAAAGGGUAUGAAAUGGGAAUAAUCGAACCAAACACUUCGAGAAAUGCCUGUUCUGAAAAUGGCUGUAAUGAUGAUGAUUUUACAUGUUCUAAAAACAUAAUUUGUGAUAAGGAGCUAUCUGAUAAUAGUUCAUUUGAAUGUCCAACAAACAGAAGCUGUGAUGAGUUCCUUGAUAGAGUUGAUACCAUUCGCUGCCUACCGACUGGAAAUUGGAGCACUACCCCAGUGUGUAACCCUAAGGACUGUGGCUUGCUUAAUAUAAGUAAUGGUAUCAUGACAUACUUUGAUAACUCAACUACAUAUGGCUCAAAUGUUAGUAUAUUGUGUGACGAGGCAUAUCAUCUUAGUGGAGACUCGACAUUGCAAUGCAGCGCUGAUGGGCAAUGGUCAAAUAUAAGUGAAUGUGUAGCAAUAGAUUGUUUCGACGUCCCAUUUGUCAACUAUGGUGAAUUUGUCAACCCAUCAAAUGACACCCUUUAUGGAAGUGUGGUGAAUUAUACAUGUGAUAUUGGGUAUUUUAUGACUGGCAAUAGCUCCAUAACCUGUAUGAACAAUGGGUCCUGGUCAUCCCCUCCAGAAUGUACCAUCCAUAAUUGCGGAGGAAUGCCUAAUAUAAGUAAUGGUAUAGGAAGAUUAACACAUGAAACGCUCUUCAAUAUGUCCACAGUCAACAAUACACAUCUUGACCCAUUAAAUGGAGCGACUGUAUAUGUGCGUAAUACAACUUCAACUGACACGAUGGAUAUCAAAAUUGUUACAGAAAAUACCACACACGUACCUAACAUGACUGUCACUGAAUUAUGGAAUAUCACGUCUACUGUUAAUAUUCUGAAUAAUGAUGAUGGAAAUACUUCAACAACAACUUUUGAUAAAAUAAAUAAUUCCAUGAUAAGCAAUGAAACAAAUAUACAGAAUCGGUCAAAUGUACAUUUAAUAACAUCUGAUAGUGUAAUCCAUAACCAGGAAGACACAGCUUUUAGUACGACAUAUCUUUCCAUGGGGGAAUACACCUGUAAUGAUGGCUUCACUAUGUACGGAGAUCCCACGAUCACCUGUAUGGCUGACGGAACCUGGUCACCAGCCCCAGUUUGCAGUCUUUAUGAAUGUGGUGAAAUGCCAGUAGUCCACAACGCUGAUGUAGCUGUUAAUAUUGAUAACACGAAUGAUAAGAUUAUAGCCACCUUUACAUGUGUAACUGGUUACUUAAUCGUCGGGAAUGAGUCAAUCGAAUGUGAAGCUGGUUUCUCGUGGACUACUGAUACCCCUAAAUGUGAGAUUGUGAAUUGUGGAAUGCCACGAAAGGUUGCCAGAGCAACACGAGAGGUCACAGAUAUUACAUAUGGAAGCAUAGUGAAGUAUACUUGUGAGAAAGGAAAUAUUUUACAUGGUUGUCCUACAGCUGAAUGCAAGGAAGAUGGUUCUUGGGGUCCUUACCCAGAAUGUUCCUUGGUGGAUUGCGGGCCUUUGCCUAGAGUUCAAAAUGCAAUGAGUCAUCUAAGAGGUACCAAGACAACCUAUGGGAGAAGCGCAUACUACACAUGUGCAUGGGGUCACAGGGCCUAUGGCGAUACAGAUAUUCGAUGCCAAGCAAAUGGUAUGUGGUCCUAUCCUUGUGUUUGUAGUCCUCUAGAUUGUGGGGAUAUCCCUUUAGUCUUGAAUUCAGGUCAUACAGUGAAGCUAUCACAAACUAUUGUUUUGAAAAUCAACUACCGGUGCGAUCCGGGAUAUAAACUAAUUGGUCACCCACAAGUUACAUGUAUGGAAACUGAAGAAUGGUCCCAAGUUCCCAAUUGUAAUUUGAUUACAACCACACCAUUGGCAACCUCACCAUCUACAACCACGACUUCACCAAGGCCAUCGACAACUGCAUUACAAUCAACAUUGUUAGACAGUACAACAAAACAAUUCACUACUACUGCCGGCACAACACAAGUGUCUACAACGGAACUGUUAACAACGCUGUAUAGUGUUGCCACUGAGCCUCCUAAGGUUGUAUACAAGCGGGUUAAAAAGAUAGAAAUUCCUCCAGAGGAAGCGAAACAUGCUCAGGUUGUUAGUAUGCCUGUAGCUGUAUUUCCUGCUAUAUUCCUUGGAGUUUUAUUACUCACAGAUCUACCAAAGAUCAUCCUGGAUUGCAGGCAGGGAUUUAGAAACAUAAGGCAUGGACUUCGGCAGUACAUUAAAUCGAGGAACAGAAUUGCAACCGCAUGAUAUAUACAGAUUUUAUCAAAGCAAUUCAUUUUGUUGGCCUUAAUUAACAACAUUGAUACAAUAAAAAAAUCAUAUAUAAAUUAACAUGAUUAAAUCAAGCUAUGCUGAGACAUAGUGUAUUUGAAUUGAGUGUAUCCGUGG